AUGGGAAAGGGCGGCCAGGAGCCUCUUGAAGCAACUGAUCCACGAGACAAAAUAUUUGCUCUCCUAGGUCUUGUAAACGACAAGGAUAGUUUGGAGGCCUUAGGCGUCUUCCCGGAUUACACCAGGUCCAAAGAGGAGGUUUACACGACUACGAUGACUGCUAUGCUACGCAAAGGCCAUAUCUCACUUCUCUCAAUUUGCUGUGGUAUUAAGAGACCAAAUGGCCUGCCUUCCUGGGUACCAGAUUGGUCUAAACCAGACCCCCCAAUGCUGCAGUUAGUUGGUGAUGACGAACUUUUUCCAACAUAUAACGCCUGUGGUUCGAAAAAUGAAUAUCAUUUCGUUUUGCCAGGCAAAGACCGCAACCUUGAAAAAUUACUGGUAUAUGUCAAACAAGUUGAUGAGGUCUUUCAACUGGGUCACGUCAACAGGGUGUCAUCCAUGCGCAAAGCCGUACACCCAGUUGAGUGGCUGGGCGUCAUGUUGCAACUCACAUACUAUGUCGAGAAACCAUACUUGAACGUCAAGGAGCGCAUGAAAACCGCAGCCAGAGCCUCGCACGCAGGUAUGAGAAUUGGAGAAAACAACAUGCUACAAAGAGCACACGAGUUCCCUGAAGCUCUGGCUCUACUAGAAGAAGGGUAUCAAAGCUGCACAGAGAACAAUGGUUUCCCCGAAUUCCAAAAUGGGUUGAGAGAACACCCUUUCCAAUACAGGAUCAUGGAAUUUCCUUUGCGCAUGCAUCAAAUGCUGGGUGAGAUUUUAGGAAUAAGUGACUGCAAAGUGCCUCUCAUCACAAAAAAGGGUCAUUUAGGAAUCAGUUGCAUGACUGUCGAGAAGGGUGAUCUUGUAGUAUUGGUCAGUGGAGCACAGACACCUUUCAUUAUUAGGCGCACAGGAACAAGAUACAUGGUCGUUGGCGAGGCAUACAUCGAUGGAAUGAUGGAUGGAGAGGCAGCAGAGGGCGGUGAAUGGGUUCACAUUGAACUUGAAUAG